CUUCUGUUUUUAAAAAUGCAGAUAAAAUUAACAUGUAUCCAUUACACAAAUAUGUGUAUGAAGAUAAUAUAUCAGAAGUAUCAUCUUUACUUAAUUCUGAUAAAGAUAUCUUAUCACCCAACUCAUUGAAAGACUUACAUGGUAAUACACCUUUGCACUUAUCAGUAUCUCUGGGACAUAAAGAAUGCACACACUUGUUGCUAAAACACAAUCAUCCUAUUGCUGUAAAAAAUACAUUAGGUUGGACACCUUUACAAGAGGCAAUAAGUUAUGGAGAUAGGCAAAUUUUGACCUCAUUAUACAAAUCAUUGCGUAAGCAAGGAAAGCAAUCAAUCAAGAAGAAAAGAAGUGAACUGCUUUCAGCCCUGGAUAAACUUGGUGGGGAUUUUGAAAUGGAACUUCAUUGGGAUUUCCAAAGCUGGGUUCCAUUUGUUUCAAGAAUACUCCCAUCAGACACAUGCCUAAUAUAUCGUCAGGGAAGCAAAGUUAGAAUGGACUCCACACUGGAAGACUUCAGUGAUAUGCGAUGGGUAAGAGGAGACAUUAGUUUCAUUGUUGACUUCAGCACAGAACCCGAGCCGGAAAUAACUUUGAUGGACAAUAAGAGAAUGGUCUAUCAACGUAUGAAAAAAGUGUCACAACAGGAACGUGAAGCAUCUAUCGAAGAUGAAGUUGAUAUCACAAUGAGCUCUGACAUUGUAGAUGCUUCGAUAAAAACUCGGGAUGUCAUUUUGGAUCGGGUUCAAGAAGGUUGGAUUUUUAAACAGGAUAAAUGUGAAAAGAUAGGCAAAUUUCCAGCUGACUUUUAUCGCUUGAAAGGACUUACUUUUCAAACUCGUAAGCGUCGUGAACAUCUUUCUGAAGAAGAUAUACGUAAAAAUAGGGCAUUGAGAGAUGCUUUCAGUAGGGGUGAAAAUACAGAACAAGUUUUGGAAGAAGCUGAAGGAGGGAUCGAAAAGAGAAAAUCUCUUCCCGUUCCAUCUAAACCAGAGAUGACUUGGGAUCAGUAUAUUAAAAGUCCACCCGGUGAUUACGAGUGCUUAGGUCGUAAAACGAAAGUGAAAACGAGCAUGAAAACAUUUGAACCACUACUUGGAAUGAGUAGAGAAUUCCCUGUCACUUUGGAAAACCUGCUACCUAUCCUAGAAGCGCUUGGCCCAAAAGCUAAACUAUUCUCCAAACUUAGAGACUUUGUGACCAUGAAAUUGCCUCCAGGAUUUCCAGUCAGAAUAGAUUUACCUAUUUUCCCUACGGUAAAAGCCACUGUGAGCUUUCCACAGUUUCAGUUUAGAAACGAUUUUGACGAUGAUUUUUUCUCAGUUCCUAAGAGCUAUAAAGAAGACCCAUCCUGGUUCGACAAAUCAAGUAAAGAACGACAGGUGGAGAGAAAGAAAUCAAAAGCAUAAUAUGUUAUAGCUUUGCUGGUAAUGUUAUACCAAAGCUGCCCAUAGAUAUAGAAGGGGAUACUACUUUGCACACAUUAAUAGAUUUUUAUUAUUUGAAUAUUUAUCAUUGGCCUCAAUUUACAUUGGAAUGCUUCAUUCGUCACAAUCAUGUGCAACUUAGUAAAGACUAUGGUACAUUGGCUGUUAUGCUGCAACUUUUGAGCGUAUACAUAUAUGAGCAAUGUACAUAGCUCCUACCUCGUUAUUGCGCCCAUUGUCCUAUUUUGAUUCAAUAGGUGUAAAAUGUAGUGGAAUAUGGUAUUGCACAAAGAUAAUAUUGUCGAGGUGAUGUUCAUGUUUUGUGCCAAAAUGCAAUUCAGAUUUAUAACAAACAGCAUUGAUGGUUUCCCUUUUUUUUAGUAGAAGCAUAUCUAUUUGAUACGCACUUAUUAAUUCUUUUAAUGUAUGUAUGUAAAAUGAUUAUGUAUAUAGAUUGUAUCAUGCACUGUAUUUAACUGGACUAGGCAAUGUCAAGUAUGCCUAUGCAAUCUUGUAGACUGAAAGCUAGAGGUGUAUGGUAAAAUGGCACGUGUAACGGUACUGGAAAAUUCUAAUUGGAAGUCAUAUUAUAUUCAUAUCCUAUCUUAUGGUUCAGGAAACACUGGGGAAAUGACCAGUAGAAAAGGAAAUGAAUUUACCCAGUGCUUGUAGCACUUCAUCCAAAUGAAAUCAAUGUUUAUGUGUAAUAUGUUAUGUUGUGCAAUUUUAAAUUUGAUUAUUAUGUGAAUACAAGAAUUUAGUGUAAAACUGUA